AUGGCCAUCUCUGACCCACUGCUUCACGCCACCACCAUGUCCAAGAACCUGUGCGUUGGGCUGGUGGCUGCCUCCUGUCUCAGUGGUUUUGCCAGUUCCACAAUCAUUACCAGCUACACGUUCACCCUCAGCUUCUUCGAUGCCAGCGUCAUCAGUGACCUCUUUUGCCACCUGUACCCACUAGUUAAGCUCUCCUGAGUGACAGGGAGCUGCCACGUGGUCCUGUAUUUCAUCUUGGCCUCCAAUGUCAUCCUCCCGUCCACGUUCGUCAUUGCUUCCUACGCCUCCAUCUUGGCUGCCACCCUGAAGAUCUGCUUGACAGAGGGACAGCGCAAAGCCUUUUCCACCUGUGCCACCCACCUUACAGCUGUCACCCUCUACUAUGGCUCCACCCUCUUCAUUUAUUCACAGCCCAGCUCUUCCUACAUCCUGGGGAGGGACAAGGUGGUCUCUGUGUAA